UCACCAGGUUUCGUGUGAACACUGACAUCAAACUGCAGACUAAGAGCUGCGUGAUGGCCACGUUCGCGAUCAACUCCUUACUGGACUACAAAACAGAAAAAUACAUUGUUACAAAAAACAAGGCAGUCGGAGUUUUGCACAGACUUUUUCAGUUAUCUGUCAUUGGUUACAUAAUAGGGUGGGUUUUCAUAGUCAAGCAAGGCUACCAGGAGAUAGAUGAUGCCAUCCAGAGUUCUGUCAUAACUAAAGUGAAGGGAACUGCGGUGACCAACACCAGUGAAUCUGGUCUGCUUGUGUGGGGACCUGAGGAGUAUGUCAUCCCCCCACAGGGUGAAGAUGUUCUGUUUGUUGUAACCAGCUUCUUAGAGACACCAAACCAGAAGAUGGGUUACUGUGCUGAGAUUUGAUGAAUGGCAGCGGUGAUGAUCAGGUCGUUGUCUCAGUUGUAAUUGCAGGUCAUUUGACAGACUCUGGCCCAAAGAAACAUUUGCCAUCAAAUAAAACAAUUCUUCUAAACGUGCCCUUGUUUUACUGACAACGGAAAUAUUGCCUCUCCUGUUGAUUUCACUUUCACUUUAACCUUUCACCUGCCAGCCCAAUUUUUCUAGCAUGCACCACACCACAGACAGUUUCCUCUUGCAAGUACGGGUCAGAUAGAGUGUGUCAUACUGUGUUGCAAGUAAAUGAUGUUAACUGUAAAGAGGGUGUCCACUAUUUAUUUAGGGAUUUGUUUCAUUUUGUCUGUUACUUACAGGGAAAAACCUCAAAACUCUCAAUAAGUGAUUACAUGAGAUAAGUAACAUCAUAAAGUGCCAGAAUGUGGAAGAAUGAUAUUUUAUGAAACUAUUUUAUCACUCUGCAUGUGAAUAUAACAGACUGUGGAGGCUUCCUCCAGUCCUUCAUGGCCCACCUGACAACAGCGUGAUGUGUUUAAACUUAUGCACAUUGGUUUGUGGCUGACCUGUAAUUCCUCUCCUGCAUGGUAACAUAUUGCUUGCACGGUAGCAGAGAAGUGUUUUCCUCACACCUCUUAACCCAUUUUGUCACCUCCACCAUCAUCAUCAUAUGAGUGUGUUUGUGUGUGUGUGUCACUAUUCAUGAUUUAUUUUAGCUCACAAUAUACAGUAUGUAAACCCAAAAGACUCUCUUGGUUGCCUGAAUGAUAGUCAUCGGCUAAAAAGAGCCAAACAAACAGCCAUAAAAAUCUGCUCUUAUCUCACGCUUGCAGGGGAGCCUUUUGGUAUCAUGCAGCAUGUGCCAUUUUUAACGGUCAAGUUCUAGUAAAAUAGAAAUUUUCUAAUCUAUCAUAAAAAAAGCACAGACAUGCAUCCAUUUAACACCCUUAGCUUCAUUUGACUUUCAUUUUCACCAUGUUGCUAGAAUACAGAAAUCUUCUAUUUUAUAUUAAGAUAUUCUUGGAUACUAACAAGUUCUGACUGCUUUAAAUAUACUGAAAUUGACUUUUUGUGUUAUAUUUGUAAAUUCCGACUUUGUAUCUCUUAUU